GUGUCAGUCGUCACCGAAGAAUGGAUCAAUAGCACGCAAGCAACGAGCGUUUAAGACAACUACGUCGAUUUCAACGUUUUCAAGCAGCCGCAAAGCUUUUGAAUCUUUGAUGUUGAUAAUUGAUAGUGCUAUUGAGAAACAAAUGCUCGACGUAGUACUGAACUGGACUGGGGGAAGAUGGUCGUACUACUUCCUGCACUGUUCUCUUCCCUGUUCCAUUUCCAUUAUACUCGUUAUGAGAUCUAUAUCAUAGCUUUUUCACAGAAUAUUUCGAAGACUUGGAGUCUCCUCAAGCACUGUUGAUGCCCUCCCCUUUCCCAAACCCCCCUCCCCCCGACUACCCACUCUCAUAAUGAUUUUUCCUUCUCUUUGAAUGUAAUACCUUAAGUGAUUAAAGGUGCAGUCCUUGUAUUUUUCACUGGUGUGUUCUGCUCUCCUACUUGUGUUUUCCUUUCUUUUUAAUCCACCUAACAUGUAUCAACUACACCUGCUAUAAAGCAUAAUUAAUCUAAAUCUAAAGAGAAUGGAACUUAUAAAUUGGAUAUACCUUAAUUAUGGCCGCUAUGGAGGCGAGGUAGCUUCUAUUAGAUUCCUAUCGCUUCACUUUUUUACUCGUGUCUGAAGUUCAUGAAUUUAUCUCAGGGUACUGACUUGUUAUUGACUAAGUCGCGAUUUGAAGAUCGUUCCUCGUCGUUCGCUGCUGGAUUGUGGUCUCCCUCUUAUUUACCUCUCUCACUCUUUCGUCUUCGUUUCAGUCAGCACUUGUUAUUGUUUCUUGUUCACUUCGUCUACCUCACUUGUUACAUCUAUCGUUCUCCAUGUCUGUUUUCUUCUCUGUCUUCGUUGUGUGGACUCGUUCGUCGUUGACCUUCGGUUGGCUUGGUUGGUCGGUUGGCCUCUCUCCCUGACUGAUCGGUCUUGUUGGUGCCUCCUCUCUCUCCCCCCUUUUUUCUCCGUUUACUCUCUCUCUCGUUCCCCGUGUCGUCCGGUUGUCCCUUUGCUUUCCUUCUGCUCUUCUUCUUCGAGACCGUGAUCUCCUUUCUGAAUUCUACUGGUGAGCAUGCACCCAUGUGCAGUAGUUUUCAUGCCUAGGAAGUUGGUCAGUGAGCACCAAGAUUAUAGCACUUUCCUGCUCUUGGACUGCAUCGGCGGUAGGUCUCUCUUUCCUUUGCCUCUCCUGCUCUUUCGCUCUUUCUUUCUGAUCUAUUCGUCGUCGUGUGCACCUGUGGUGCCCUUUCCUCCAACUAAAACUCGGGAUAGGAGGGAUGAGUGGGUAGGAUAACUGGCGCGGCCGGGAGAACAUCGAAAUUACUAGGUUAACCUUAAGGUAGCCAAAUGGCUACGGUUUUGGAUGGUGUGCUUCAUCAUCCUCAGCGAUGUCGCCCCUGUCCUGUGGCUAGUGCUAAUCUGCACAAGCACGCGAUAAAUCUGAGAAGAAAAGUAUUUGGCUUCUGUUGUUUUUUAAGUAUGGAGAUCCUUGGGGCUUAGUGCCUUACAUCUGCCUAAGCUAACUAGAUCCGGGCCAACUAUCUUACUCAUCAGCUUACUAGGUUCUUGCACACGCUUAAGGCCUUGGGGCUUUGCUCUUCUUGUUGUUGAUGAUGGUGCUGAUGAUCUUGAUGCUGUUGAUCUUCGUGCUGCUGUCGUUAUGAUCAUCUUGCUCCUGUUGUUUCUUUGAUCGUGAUGCCUGUAAGUCUUUAGGCUGUUGAUUUCCAUACUGGUAGGAUGGUCUUUAUGCUCAUGCUUGAGGUGAUUCAUAAUUUGGGGAUCGACGUCCCCCCCUUCAGGCGCAAACUGAACGAUGCGCAACGCGUUAGAGGUAUCGCCCUCCACCAAACUGAAGCGACCGAGCAGAAAACGAAAGAAGGGAGAACAAUCCUACAGAGGCUAGACAUUCUAAACUUUGCACUUUGUCGGGCGAGUAUACUUAGCCAGUGGCUGAAGGUAAAGCUUAAGUAGUUCACUUUUGUGGUUUUACUGCUUUACGAGCAGUAGUAAUUUCUUGCUGUUUUUUGCUUUAGCUGUUUAGUUAUUUCUUCAUUAAUUAUCUUUGGCCUUUCGUGCUGUGUGCUUCUUGUUGAUAGCUAACACGGACUAAGCCAGGCGGGUACAAUUAUAGCAAAACGCAACUUCAAAGUGAUACACUACAAGCGCGGACGACGUUGCUGAAGAUGUUAAACGUGGCAAAGGGCGGAGCUUGUUGCUUGCGAUUUGAAUGGCUUCGAAGAUGUAAGACGUGCCUUCCUAGUAUGGAACUGCAUAGGCCAGAGAACAGCAAGUGGGACGGUUGGCGUCUCUCUUCAUGUUUUGAACAUGGAAGAUGCUCUUUUAAAGCAGGCCACUGGUCGAACUCUUAGGCAGGCCAUCACUCCUCUGCGUGCCCGUUGGAACGUAGCGAAGACGCUGCGCGUCGUCCCGCGCUUGUGUAUAGCGUAAGGCUACGCGUCUACUCUUUUACUUCGGUACGUCACUAAGGUUGGCCUUCUUUAAGCUAAUUAUAGCAGUACGGCUAUCACAGUCCAGGGGUCUUCUGCCCUUGUCUUUGAUCAUGAUGCUGAUGCUCGUAAAUCUUUAGGCUGUUGAUUUCCGUACUGGUCGGAUGGCCUUUAUGCUCAUGCUUGAGAUGAUUCAUACUUUGGGGAUCGGCAACAACUUAGACCCAGAGAGACGCUCGCCCAUGACUUGAUGCUUAGUACCGGCUGCGUCUGCGGCAGUUGUCUCUUCUUCAUUAUACUCGUCAGAUACUACAACUUUACUCAAGAGCUUACACUUAAGGGCGCGCCCUUCUCCUUGAGAGACCUUUCGUGCUGAAUUACCGCUCAGCCUCUUAGUAUAUUCAAUGAGUUGAGGACUCCUCUACCUCUAAAAAGUCCCAUUCCCGCGCAGUGCUUAGCUUUACGGGGACUAUCGCAGCAAUUUGCCAGCGACAUCAGUCGAAGCUUGCGCGGGCGCAUGAUAUAGUUGCUCUAACUAUUCGGAUAUUAGUACUACUGCCUAGCCAGAUUUUUAUUGGUUAAUGGUGACGUUACUUAGUGCUCUUCCUAUGGAGGCCAUCCCUAGUCGUAAUGACUCUCGCAACCACUACAACCCAGCACGGCUCGGAGUGUGUAUAGUACAAAGGAAGCGCCUACUCGUCUGAUGCUGAUGCAAGAGCUACGCAGUUUGUCUCAAGUUAUUCUUGAACACUACGAGAAGUGUCUGCCACUGUGUUAAGUAGAUAGUCAUACUCUAUAGGAGCUAGACUAUUGAUUAAGUGCUAAGAAGGUAGACUAUCGCGCUAAGUAAUAGAGUACUGACAAACACGAAGAGAGGCCUCAUAUAAAUCAACUAUUGGCAUUUGUUUUUUGUGAACCCAUUUCAAGGACACCCCCCGGCACCGCCGCAACAAGGGCCGCCACGUGUGCCGCAAAGAAGUUUCGCGAUCUUUGGCGCUGCGGUGCCUAGUAGUGGUGGAAUGGCAAUGAGCAGCACAAAUUCAAUGGCUUCUAGUGGUAGUUGGAUUCUUCUUGAUAGUUGUAGUAGUCGCCAGAUGACUGGUGGCCUUUCGCUUCUCCACAACGUUGACAGGAACGUGAGCGAGCGACUAGCGACAGCGUCUGCCGAUCCAGCACACGCUUCAGCGCGCGGAACGCUUGUUACAACAGACUCAGGCAUCUCGUGGGGCGAUGUUUUGCACGUGCCAGCACUAGGAAUGCGAGCCGUCGUUAGUCAAUCCAAGAUUGCGAGCGGAGGGGUCUGCCCUGACUUCGCAAGUGUGACGCUUAUGGGAUUCCCGACGAGCUGGCGAGAAGGAGUAUUGCGGAUUCUUCUUCCUCCUCAACGCAACAACGAACAGCACUGCGAAACGGUCUACGUGAUCGCUGACGCUAAAGCGGCCAGCGACGUGAUCAGUCUCCUAUGACUAUCUCACAGCGCAGACGACUACUUAACGGAGUUGGAGCCCUACGUCUACGACUUUCAGACGUCUUGCGAUGAGUUCGAUGCUGACAACGCGACCACAGAGGAGCUCAGUAGCUUUCUUAUACCUCGACGCAGUUCGAGUUGUACUAGUAGACCAGUUGUUUUGACCUUAGGCCACCCCAACCGCACAAACGAAGCGACGGAGAAGAUCAAAAUCGCAGAACCAUUCACGAGCUACGCCAUUCCAAGCGUACAAGGUCGCGCGAGUUCUCUUAGUGGCCCGAAGUAUUGCCUAUCGGUGUGCUCUCCUAUUGAUCAAGCGUCUCCCUCUACUGCAGUAGGAGCAACAUCAUCCAACACUGCAGGCAGUUCGUCGCCUUCUUCUACAAAUCAAGCACUUCCGCCGGAUUCAAAUCAUUCGCUUCAACCGGCUGAAGGAGUAGAUCCCCAAGAGUAUGACGAUGGUCAGAAAUAUGAAGAAGCUAGCGGCGACGAUAAUAGUGACGCCAGCAGUUCCAUCCUCGACACCACUACAAAGAAGAAGAAAAAGAAGAAGCAAGAAAAAGGAAGGAGGAACAAGCGCAAAGCAGACGAAGAAGCAGCGGCAUCUUCGUCGCGACCUGCCGAGGAGUUUCGUGGUAACGCAAACACCACUACGCCUAGAGGAGCAUGGAUUUCCUGGGAUAAGCUUUGCGCGAUUGCCAUGCAUUAGGAUUUCCAAGCUUUCCAAAGUUAUGGCAAACAGUUAAAGCUAUCGAUAACUCUACUCACGGCAAGCCCGUAGCAUGGUUACUCAGUACUGUAGGCACAACUUAAACCGCCUCAACGAGUACGCCUACCCUCGCCACAAAGUAGGCGGCACAGACGGGCUUCGUGUCUCAGAUCUCACUGCUGUUGAUACGUUUCCCCCUCUUGGAAAGAAGUGCUACGCGUUGCACGCUAUUAGCUUACACUCUAGAGCGAGUGCCACUAACACUAGGACACUGCGCAAGGCACCCACCGGAAACGAUGCGACUGAAUUUCUGGAGCACUGCAAAGGCAGAGGCAUCCGCGGCAAGUGUGUCUUAUCUGACCAAGGAAAAGAAUUCGAUAGCACUCAAGGCCAAGUGCGCGAAUAUCUUCAAGCGCAUGGGUAUGGUUUCUAUCUUACACCGAAAGCAAGCGGGGCCGACGGUACUCGUGAGCGGAGGCAUAGAACUUUCAGGACAGUACUCGCGAAGCUCUGCUAUAUCUAUUCUAUGGCCAGUUGGGUACUAGAGUGCCGACGCUAGUAGAGCAAGCUACUAACGCGGUGAACUUUAUGCUGGCUAGAGCAUUAGGCGGCCGUAGUCCUUACCAAGCUCAACGGGCACCCAGCCCAUUUCCGCUGGAACCUCAUGGCCUUGAAAACUUGAACGAUCAGCAGGGAUCGGCGACAGUUGACAGUCAAGCACCUGAGGCGUAUCGUGUGCGAUGCGAUGCUCGUUCGGUUCAGAACUUGAAAAACUAAAGAGAGGCAAAGCAUUCACUGCGGACAUGCGUAAGCUGAAUGACAUGCAGCGCAACGCCUAUCCCGAAGCGGAUCAGAUCAAAGCCAACGGUCUCGGUUAUAUUUUUGACAAGGAUCACAAAGAGUAGAGGCAUGGCUUGGACCAGCUAAGUUGACUCACAUCCAACGGAACGAACGAGCUCACCUGUACGCUAAGCAAGGCCCGCAGGGGAAAAAGUGGAAAAGUUUACAGAAAUGAGCAUGCGAAAAAACACAGAAAAAGCGAAAACCUGGGGGAGAGGCUUGCACUAGGAAAGAGCGAAGAUAAAGCUUAGAAGAAAGAGCAUAAGAAAAAAAGAGAGAAAAAGCAAAAACUUGAGAGGGGGACCAACAUAGGGAAAAAGUAAAAACUUGAGAAAGAAGCACACGAAAAAAAAGACAGAAAAAGCAAAAACCUGAGAGGGAGGCCUGCGCGAAAAAAAAGCGAGAGGCGAACUCUUUCAAAGCUGAAAAGCGGGACAAAUGUGCGCCAAAGUUAAGGCCUCAGAAUCAAGACGCGCAGAGGCUUCAACCAGGCACAGCCUGAAUAUAAAGACCUAAAAGAGGCCCAGCUGAACAAGAUAGCAGCUGAAGUCUAUAGGCAAAGCCAGGCUUACGCUUCAGACGGCACGAACCUAGACGACCAAGGUGAAAACUCUAUUGGGUUCGCUUCUCCCUUUCUAUGCUCUGACUGGGAGAGAGACGAAGGUGGAAUUUGUAUGGAGACCGCAUCUGUCGGCGCUGAUCAGUCUGGACACGACCUCACCCAGCCAGACUGGAAGGCAGCCACUGAGAAAGGGCGCACGCAUUUCGACCCGCGACAAAUAGCGAAGCAACUCACUGGGUACAACAGAAAAGCUGCAGCUUCAUACCCUGCAAGGUGUUGCUAUCGAUCAAGCGCGACGGUCGUAAGAGGGCCAGGAUGGUUUGUUUAGGUUUUUUAGACAAAGUCCCAAGCUACGGCGACAAGUGUGCCGAAGUGCCAAGCUUGUGUCUUAUGCGCUUACUCCUUGCAAUAGUUUGCCAGCAGCCAGAUCUAUCCACGUUUCCAUCUGAUGCUACGCCAGCUAUCUCACAGUCUCCAUACCCGGCCCCAGUUUUGAUCACCUUAGACCAAAGGCCACAGUCUUGCCUCAACUAUAACAAGCACGCAGGGCAGUAGCACAGUACGCGUGUAACGGUCCAGGAAUGUCUCCAAAAGCCUGGGCUGAUCAUCGUGACGGCAGGCCGUCGCUAUGUGGUAGGGUAAGCAAUCCCAUAAAGCCCACACGCUGCCACAAGGAAGGCGCUCUGCUGGUCGUUUUCGUAGAUAGCUUUUGGCUUUUUGGAAGAAAGGGGGAAGCUCUGAAUCUCCAUGCAGAACUUCGGCCUCGCCUAAAACUUGCACCCGAGGCGGUACGUAGAAGAAACUGCUACUAGUCUCAUCAGUGACCUCUUGGGUAUCAAGAUUAUCCAGGAUAAAGCUACUGGCAGCAUGCUACUCAGCCAAGAGGAGCACGCUGAAGAGGUAUCGGCGCGGUUCGGCGGGGAGGUCAAGUUGGUAGGACGAUAUCCAACCCGAUGACAACCGCCCCAAACCUGUCAACGCCCGAAGAUGUCAAGCUUCUGAAGCCUAAGCAGGAGCUUGCUUAUUUACAGGCGCGCUGCAGUAUCUUGCAUCUGGAGCGCGGUUCUUUGGCAUAACAGUGCCAAUAAAGUUAGCAAGCAAAGCCAAAGCGAACAGUGAAUCAAUUUUAGCACUGAAGCGCAUAGCCCGUUACCUCAGAACGCGAAGAGCACUGAAGUACGUGAACAGACAAAAGGAAAACAGUGGGAAACUAACUCUGUCAGUAUGGGCUGGCUCUGACUUCGGACCACAAGAAGGCCGGCAGUCCAUAUCUGGAAUCUUUGUCACAUUGUGUGGCAGCGCGAUCUUCUACUGGCACUGGCGACCACUAUCGCAAAGCACGACUGCCACUAGUGUGGUUGAAGCUGGUUUGUCCUCUGUGUCUGAUGGAUCAAGCGCUGGGCUUCGAUUCUACCACUUUCUGAAUACAUAGUAUGCAAAUUCUUUAAAGAACCUAAAAUCUAUCGUCUGCUAAUACUUAAGCGCGAUAACGUAACCAGGGCGCAACUAAGUAUAGCCAAGGACGCAGCGGAACAGCCUCAAGACUAAAGCACGUGGAUACUCGAAGGCGCUACGUGCGUGAUCUUGUGGGAUGAGGAGCGACCAAGACGAUCUACUUCCAAAGCUUGGCGAACAAAGCUAACGGCUUGACGAAGUUGACAGCUGGGGCGGAAUUUUUCAGAAUGUCCUCGACUGAGUAACAUGGUCGAACUCGUCUGGGCUAAUUCGUUGCGCUAUAACAAUCCUCCAGCAAUUGCGUCACUUUAGUUUAUUAGCAGCUCCGUGCUGUUUCGUAUUCUUGGUCUCUAUUCGUGAUUCGUCAUUUAUCUUGAUUCUUAUGGUGCCUCACUUCAGUCACCACGUGACUCCUUGCACCUAUCUCCUUCUUGUUCAUCUUCACGCAGCUACUUACCUUGUCACUCUUAUACUGACAUCAGUCAUUUUGUUUACUUCUUAUGAUUGUUGUCGUUGUUUCAUCAUACUGGUACUUAUUUCUUCUUGCCUGUUGUUGUAAUUUUGUGAACUUAUAAAUCUUGAGUAAGCUGGCUGUUUAGGUUUCCUCGAGCUGGGGAGGAUGUCGCGCAUAUGAGACGAGUGAAGUUGUUCACUUCCAUGAGUUCAGUCGUUGCGCGCAUAAGCUCCCAGGAUCCUAACAGCGUCAGCAGCGUAGUCACAUCAAUCCAAUGGCUUCCACAAUCUUGAAGUGCAUGAGUCUAGUCGUCUACUUGUUUGCUUAAGGAUAUCAAUGAUGUUGAUCAUGCCCCGAGCACUAAGAUGCACCAAACACAAACAGGAGCAAAGUGGCUCUUCUUUACUUGCCAAAUAUCUUGCACCAAUAACAUAAUCACCCCGGUAAUUUGCAACAUUUAAGCGCUCAGCAAUACCAUCGUCGAAGCAUUAAAGUCAAUCAUCCGAUCGGUAAUCUGCGCAAUAGUACCCCACUAAAUUAAUUACCACAGUCGAGCCGACGCGAUCUGUGCCCAUUGGGUUUUUUUCGUUGCUUUACAGAGAUGUGACUUGCAUAAGCAAAAUGGUCACCUUUCUGAGGAUGUGAACGACAGCAUUGUUUAAGGCUUGUUACGCUAAUACUAAUCCAUCUUUUGACUCAAAGCGUACACUUCUCUACUGAGUGGCCCCAUAAGUAGAUGCGAAACGCUAUAAAAGAGGCGCCAUGACAUGACAAGAUCAAGAGCUUUGAAGCAUCUUGGAGCUGUGCCAUACAUAGAAGGAGAACAGUUCCCGGAUGAAUCUCGCGAUGGAGUCGGCUGUGCUCUAAACUGUAGGACAUGAGGUGCAUAACACUGGCGAAAACAACUCUACCGGGACAACAUGAUGUUGAUGGGGCAUUCGAUUCUUGUAGGAGUCCUGGACCUGGAGGACAACGUGAGUUCUACUGUGGUCGAACCGCAUCUAUCAACAGAUAGAGGACAUUAGUGUAAUUCCAGAUGCUUGCACAACAUGAACAUCUUCACGCCUGAUGUUGAAAAUCAUGUACAUUGUACAUGUACAUUUACUAGUAGUUUAUUCUUAUAAUUGAUUCUUGUUCUUCUUCUUUGAUGAAGAGUCAGUUGUGAAUGCAAAC